GUGUAACAAUUGUUUUAAGUAGCCAAAAAAUGGCAACGCUUUCCAUUUUUGUCAUCGUUUCCUUUCUUCCUUCUAUAAUUGCCUUGGAUCCAUAUUCAAAGUUUAUUCAGCUUAAUCUCCCUUCUGGAGCCACUGGUCCUGAGUCAGUUGCACUGGACUCAAGGAAUGAAGGUCCUUAUUGUGCCAUCAGUGAUGGUAGAGUUCUCAAAUAUAUAGAUUCAAAUACUGGUUUUGUAGAUUUUGCCUAUACUUCACCAAACAGGACUAAGCAAUUAUGUGAUGGAACAACAGACGCCAAUUUGGGGCCAACAUGCGGAAGGCCACUUGGGUUUAGUUUUGACAAUCUGAUUAAUGUUCUUUACAUUGUUGAUGCAUUUCUUGGACUUUUCAAAGUGGGACCAGACGGUGGACUUGCUACACUACUAGCUAAUAGUGCUGGUGGUGUAAAACUCAACUUCCUUACUGGAAUUGAUGUCAAUCCAAUUACUAGAGAUGUUUACAUCACUGAUGCUAGUCUCACUUAUGAUCUAAGAAAUAUUACGCAGCCAAAUUUGGUCACAGAUUCAAGUGGAAGAUUGAUCAAAUACAAUCCUAGGAAGAAUGAGGUGACCGUAUUGCAGGAAGGGCUAUCUGUGCCCAUAGGACCCGCUGUCAGUUUCGAUGGCUCAUUUGUGUUGUUCUCUGAGUACAGUGCCAAAAGGGUCGUGAAGUAUUGGCUAUUGGGACCAAAAGCAAACACAUCUGAAGUUCUACGAGACUUGCCAGGAAAUCCUAGUAAAGUCAAGAGGGCCUCAAACGUGGGGGAAUUCUGGGUGGCUGUGGACAUCAAUGUUCAGCAGCCACGCUUUACCACACCUUAUGGUUACAAAAUUGACUCAUUUGGAAAUUUACUGUUUGUGAAGGAUUUUGAAGAUCAUUAUUACAAUGUUCCGGUGAGCGUGGUCCAAGAAUACUUUGGAACAACCUUACUGGUUGGUUCUCGAGGUGAAAACUUUGUUGGCAUCUACAAAAAGACCUUAUUUUGAAACAUGGCUAGCAGCUAUCUGCUUACACAGACUGGAUGCCGUAAUUGAACUGAAUUUGUAGAGAUAAGGAUGCAGUGCCGAAAGCUAUUAAGGCCCGUCUGGGGAUGUGGUAACUUAUUAAAAAGUACUUUCCUAAUAAAACUUUUAGUAAAAGUACUUAUUAAGUUUAUGUACUUUUAAAUAUGCUGUUUGGAGAUAUAAUUCAAUAAGUACCUAUUUUAUUGAA